UCAUUGCUAGCUGCCAGGUUCCAGAGGUUCUCUCAUGCGGUCCCUGUAACGGCCUCCCAUUGCUGCUGUCUCUCCAUUCGGCCACACUCUGCCAUGUGCCACUUUCAGGUCUCCUCACACUGCUGGUGUGUUGAAUUUUUUGACAUAGGGUGCUGGCAGAUUACGGGCCCUCCUUAUAGCUGCUGCCAGGCCCCUAAUCUGCCAUAGGCCCCUAUAUACCGCCUCCUCAUGCUGCUGCCAGGUCCAGAGUCUCACAAUGGGUCCUGUGUACGGCCUCCCGAUUGCUGCUGUCUCCAUCGCCACACUCUGCCUGCCAUGUGCCACUUUCAGGUCUCUACCACUGCUGGUGUGUUGAAUUUUUUUGAC